CGCGGCCCAGGCUGUCACGUGACUCGGGCGGCGGAUGCGGUUCCGGGUGAGCGCGGGCGCGCAGCGCAGCGCGGCCCCGAGCGCGGCCCGGCCCUGGCCCCGCUCCCGCCAGAGCCAACACAGCCAAGAGCUUCAACUGGUUUGGACUUUCAUGUCAGCAGAGUGGUUUACCAUGUUCUAUUGUUGGGGAUUCCUCAUUGCUGGUGAUGGGUGAGCCUGAAAAACUACAGCUUUACUUGCACAUCAUAGGCUCCUCUUUAGCCCAUUGUGCUGAAGACCAGAGGUUCUGCCUGAUCAGGAGUCUCUGUUAGCAAUUGAAGUUAGCUGGAGAAUGGAAGGGGUUGAGUUUAAGGAAGAGUGGCAAGAUGAAGAUUUUCCAAGGCCCCUGCCAGAGGAUGAUCCUGUUGAAUCUGAUGCAUUGGCUGCAGCUGGAACAGAAAAUGAAGCUGAUACAGAGGGUAAUGGAACCAAAUUGAGGAAGAAACUAAUGGCUCCAGAUAUUAGCUUAACUUUGGAUCCCAGUGAGGAAUCUGUUUUGUCUGAUGACUUGGAUGAGAGUGGAGAGAUUGAUUUGGAUGAUUUAGAUACUCCUUCAGAAAACAGCAAUGAAUUUGAAUGGGAAGAUGAUCUUCCAAAACCAAAAACUACUGAUGUCAUUAGGAAAGGCUCCCUGGCUGAGUACACUGUGGCAGAGGAGAAGGAUGACGGUCGCCGCUGGCGAAUGUUUCGGAUCGGAGAACAGGACCACAGGGUGGACAUGAAGGCAAUUGAACCAUACAAGAAAGUUAUCAGUCAUGGUGGUUAUUAUGGUGAUGGGUUAAAUGCCAUUGUUGUGUUUGCUGUUUGCUUCAUGCCUGAGAGCAGCCAGCCUAACUACAGAUACCUAAUGGACAAUCUAUUUAAGUAUGUAAUUGGCACUUUAGAGCUGUUAGUAGCAGAGAACUAUAUGAUAGUUUACCUGAAUGGUGCAACAACACGGAGAAAAAUGCCAAGUUUAGGCUGGCUUAGGAAAUGUUACCAGCAAAUUGAUAGAAGGUUAAGGAAAAAUCUGAAAUCAUUGAUCAUAGUUCAUCCUUCCUGGUUCAUCAGAACUCUCCUGGCCAUCACAAAACCUUUUAUUAGCUCAAAAUUCAGCCAAAAAAUUAGGUAUGUCUUUACCCUGGCAGAACUAGCUGAACUCAUCCCCAUGGAAUACGUUGGCAUCCCAGAAUGCAUAAAACAGUAUGAAGAAGAAAAAUUUAGAAAGAAACAGAAAAGAGUUGACCAAGAGCUGAAUGGAAAACAAGAGCAGAAAAGUGAUGAGUAAGUUUGGAGUCCAAACAAGACUGAAGAAUACGCAGAUGGAAGGAUGCUGUUUGUGCUCCAUUACAGUGCAUUCUCUGUGUGUAUGUAUUAUAUAAUCUGUUGCAAAAGGUGCUUUGGACUAGCACACCAUGAACUGCUUACUGCUGUAUUGGUUUGUCUUGACUUUAAUUGCUGUUUAUGUAAUCCUUUUAUACUGCUAAAUGGCAAAGAACCCCAUGUUUUCAGAGGAUGUUCUUGCAACUGUUUAUCUAAAUGAUGCAUGUUCUUCAGUAAAAUAUUUAUAUACCUAAAUGUUAAAGGAAAGAGAUAAUAUAUAUAUUUUUAUGACUGAACAAUAUAUUGUGUGUACCUGCUGAAGGAAUUCAUUUGCAGGUAUGCAAGGCCAUAAGUUACUUGUUGUUAUUGUAUAAAUCUGUUUUGCUGUAAAUGGUCAAGUGCAUUUCUUUGUUGUCAUGAAAACUUGUUUGGAUAUUAACAAUCAUUAUUAACUUGGCUUUCACAAAUACAGAGAUCCUUAUUUUUGUUCAUUUACCUUACACAAGCUCACUCCUUUACCUCACUAGAGUGAGCUUCAUCUUUGGUGUCUUUCAGUCCAUCAUUCAGGAUGCAGAACUGCAGUUCUGUGGCUGGCAGUUUGGUGGCCAGGAGGUUUUAGCCUAAGCCACAAAAGCUGAACUGUCUGCUGGUAAGAUACCAGACCUUUUUCAGUUGAAGUUGUGAAUUUAGAUUCUGCUUCAGUGUGUCAAGACUGUCUCAGCUAGCAGUAGGAAAUGAGUUCAUUGCAGUUCUUUGUGGGUGAAUCUUGAUGGUUACUGGUGGGAACUCUGGUCAUGCUCAGUAAAACCUGGGACCUACACAGGUAUUCUAUCCACAACACCAUUUUUGGGGCAGAAAUAUGAGAAGUUUUAUGCUACCUGUGUAAUUCUUGUAGAUAAAAAAUCAAUUUCUAAAGCUGUCAGGCACAUGAUACCAGCACUAAUUUAUCUUUUAAGAAGUGUUUUAAAGGUUGGGGUAUUUUCACUCCCUGCAGUGGUGGUAAAUCUGUGUCUGCAAGAGGUUUUCUUGGACACAUAACAAAUGUGUCUAGGCUUACUGGGACAACAGUGAUGCACUGGUUGACACAUUGUAAAAGUUUGUAACAUCUUUUGAUAAACAUUGCAUUUUCCAUGUAAGGGCAGGUGUAUGCAAAUAAAUUCAUUCAGGAGUUGAGCAAUAUAAUGUUGUAGCAAGUAUAUUAAAUCUUUGCUUUUGGUGUUUAUUGUGCUCACAAUUUUGUCUUAAUGCUAAAAAAUAUCACUUUUAAACUAUAUUUAAUGUUACUCAGUUACCUUAUAAAAAAAAAAGUUAUGUUCAAUCAGAUUAUUUCAUGACACUGAUAAACAGCAGUUGUGAGAUAUUCCCUGGUCAAGACUUACCACGUAACAAUUAAUCCACUGUCUCCAGUGAUACCUGCAUAGACUCUGAGAGCAUAUGGAUGUCAGGUGAGGAGGGAAAACUGCUCAUGUCUCUGGAGGUUUACUUAAGUCUGCAGUUCAGAUACUUUCAUCUCAAGAUCUAAGUCCUUUUCUUCCAGUAGUUUCUGUAUCAGAGUUUCAAAGAGAUUGAUAGGCAGGAUGUAUUCACACAACAAUAAUAUCAAUGCCUUGCAUCCACUCCAUCAGGUUUGGCUCUUAUUCUGAAAGCAGAACACAAAUGCACUUUCUUUGGGGCUGUCUUAUCUCCUGUUUCAGUUUUGAUAUUGACACAGAUGACUGUAAAGUUCAAGUCAGGACAUGGAGCUCUUGCAGCCUGUUUAUUUCUGAUACUUUCACGGUGUGGUCUGUAUGACCCUGCACUCGGAUUUUUACUGGGUUUGCAUGUGCCCUAAGCUAAACAGGAACCAUUCUGAUUAUCUCAUUUCCAUUUUUUCCUAAUUGAUAUAAGGAUUAGUCUCAGUAAAAUUAUAUUUUUUGGGGAGGGAUUGUAGUUCUCUGUGUCCUGUGGCUUCCUGUGUGUACAGUGCAGUACAGAGUAGCCACUGCUCUGUACAUGCCACAUUUACCAAAUGAUGGGGUUGUUAUUGUGUUUCCUGGUGGCCAAGGAUUCUACAGUUUCAUGCUGCAGUAGUGUAAUUUCUGUUGGAAAUGUGUAUGUGCUUAUAAAUGGUUUAUUCCUCUAGUUUAAGUUGUGAAUGAGUAUACAGCACAGCAGUUGUUCUGUCUCUGAAGAUAUGCAGCUUGAGAAAGAAGUGUACUAAAGAAUUAUUCCCCUCUGCCUCCUUGCAGCUCAUCAUUCAGUGGUGAGGUGGAUGUUUACAAAAAGCUAAGUGGUCCCAAAGCUAUGGAUAAUGUUUUGUCAAACUUAACUUUUUUAAAAUCUAUAAUAUAAUGUAAUAUAUUUUAAUAUUUAAAAACCUGAAAAGUUGGAAUGUCAUACUUAAAUAAAAAUUAUUUCAAAACUUGAAUCACUUUGUGAUAAGAUACAGUAUUGGAGGGAAUUCACCUUUCCAUGGCACUUCCUUCUAAAAGUAAAGAGUAAUUUUGCUAGAAUUUGGUGAGCCCUGUCAAGAAAAAAUUUUAUGAGUCACUGAUUUACCUCUGAUUUGGAGGUCUCUUUUAUUUAUAUUUAUAUAUGUAGUAGUAAGUCAUUACCUAUCUCAUUAUUGCUGUGCACAGCUGAAAUAGAGAUGUUGGGGCCAGUGGCCUCUCGAGGUGACAUUUGUAAUGAUUUCUGCAACGGGUUAAAUUCAGAAGUGGCAAAGAGAUUCUGGAGAAAGUGUCAUUAAAAACUGUUGAGUAGACUCUGGA